AAUAAGAAAAAUUAAAGCUUGAAAGGUCUAACGUUGAAAAAGCUUCCAUCAUCCCAGCAUCUCUUUAAACAUAGUUUAAAUUCUCAUCCAAUAUCUUAAUUACACCAAUAAUCCCCACUGAAAUUGUUGUGUUCUGUGUCAGAUUUAAGAUGAAGCGUUGGAGGAAGACGCUUGUGGGUCUCAUGUUGAUCAUAAAGAUCGCCAUAUUAUCAACAGCCGUAGUAGCAUCGUCACAAGCCUUAGCCGGCUGUGACGAAUGGUGUGGCGACUUACGAAUUCCCUAUCCAUUCGGAGUAAAACAAGGAUGUCAUCUCAACCAAACAUUCUUAAUUACAUGCAACAAAACCAAUAGCCCUCCGAAGGCGUUUCUAAUGGACACCGACAUUAGCGUUACCAAUAUAUCACUCCACGGUGAGCUCCACAUAUUGCAGCCCAUAGUUCGAUAUUGCUACGAGCAAGUGCAAGUAAGUGAUCCUUUUAUCCCCAACGCAACCAAUCUUUCAGUGCCGGCGGCGUUGCCGAUUGCUGAUGGCAAAAACAAGUUCAUCGCCACGGGCUGCAAUACUUUUGGUUUAUUCAGCGGGAUGCUAAAGGGAAGUGAAUUUCUAAGUGGGUGUAUUUCGGUAUGUACAAAUGGUAGUGCUAUAGUUGAUGGGUCUUGCUUUGGGAAUGGAUGCUGUGAGUUGGAGAUUCCAAAGGGGUUAACGAAUUUGAGUCUGUUUGUGGGUCAACUGUUGCCUAAUGAAACUAAUAUCCUCAAGUAUAAUCCAUGUGGUUAUGCUUUUGUGGUUGGAGAUGAGAGGUUCAAGUUUGACUCAACAUAUAUUCAGAGAUUUGAAGAUGAGGAAGUUGAGGUUGUGGUUGAUUGGGCCAUUGGAAACCAAACAAUGAAUGUUUGUAGACAAAAUAGCCAAAGGAUUAGUAACUUCUCUGAUGAUGGAUCUCAAUAUCGUUGCGAAUGUUUGGAUGGUUUCAUGGGAAAUCCGUAUCUCCCUCAAGGAUGUGAAGAUAUAGAUGAAUGCAAGGAUGAAAAGCUGAAUAAGUGCAAGUACGAGUGUAUUAACACAAUAGGAAACUACACGUGCAAAUGUCCUAAAAACUUUAAAGGAGAUGGGAGACAUGGGGGAGAAGGUUGCACUCGAGAUUCCAAGGCUUUCAUUCCCAUAAUAAUUGGAAUUGGAGUAGGGUUCAUAGUUUUUCUAAUUGGUAGCACAUGGAUAUUCUUGGGUUAUAAAAAGUUGAAGUUCAUCAAAAGGAAAGAGAAAUUUUUCAUAGAGAAUGGAGGCUUCAUACUUCAACAGCAACUUUCUCAAUGGCAAUCCCCCAAUGAAAUGGUUAGAAUUUUCACCCAAGAAGAGCUGGAGAAGGCCACAAACAACUAUGACAAUAGCACUAUUGUUGGUAAAGGUGGGUUCGGUACUGUUUACAAAGGAGUCUUCGAAGAUGGCUUGGCAGUGGCAAUCAAGAAAUCGAAAAUUGUAGACCAAUCCCAAACUGACCAAUUCAUUAACGAAGUCAUUGUUCUGUCUCAAAUCAACCAUCGCAACGUUGUUAGGCUCUUGGGGUGUUGUUUAGAGACACAAGUUCCGUUGUUGGUGUAUGAGUUCGUAACCAACGGCACCCUCUUUGAACACAUCCAUGACAAAACCAAGCAUGCUUCUCUUUCAUGGGAAGCUCGUUUGAAAAUAGCUUUGGAGACUGCAGGUGUGCUUGCGUAUUUGCAUUCUUCAGCUUCGAUUCCAAUUAUUCAUAGAGAUAUCAAGACAACCAACAUACUCCUAGACGAUAAUUACACUGCGAAAGUGUCUGAUUUCGGGGCGUCAAAGUUGGUUCCAAUGGAUCAAACACAGCUAUCCACAAUGGUGCAAGGGACUCUAGGGUAUUUAGACCCUGAGUACUUGUUGACGAGCGAGUUGACGGAGAAGAGCGACGUGUAUAGUUUUGGAAUAGUGUUGUUAGAGCUUAUAACUGGGAAGAAGGCGGUGUGUUUCGAUGGGCCAGAAGCAGAGAGGAAUCUAGCAAUGUACGUGCUUUGCACAAAGGAUGAUCUGUUGGAAGAAGUUGUAGAUAGGGGAAUGAUGGUGAAAGAAACAAAUUUUGAGGAAAUAAAAGAAACAGCUAAGAUAGCAAAGAAAUGCUUAAGAAUUAAAGGGGAGGAGCGACCUAGCAUGAAGGAAGUAGCUAUGGAGUUGGAUGGAGUUCGAUUAAUGCAAGUUCAACGUUCAUGGGUUGAUAACAAUAGUUUGUCGAACGCAGAGGAAAGGGUAUGUUUGUUGGAUGUUGAAGCUUCAGACUCCAGCCAUUUUAUUGCGAGUGGCACUAUGAAUAAUACCGUCGGGGAUAGCAUAAAAGCUUCGAUUUUGUCACAUAUCCACCAUGGAAGAUGAUUUUAUUUUAGUUAUAUGCUUCCUUAAAUAUAAUAUAAAUGUUCAAUCAAGUAUCGAUGUAUAAUCUAUUAGAUUACUUUUGUAAUAGUUUUCUGAUUUUUUUUUCUUUUUUUGGCAAUAUUGUUUGUAACCAGAUUAGAAAUGUGUGCAAUGCCACACAUCAUUGUGAAACAUGAUAUUGUUGUUGUAUGUAUGCUUAA